AUGCUGGGGUACAGUAGCCCACCGAGUGGCUCUGAGGUUCGGCAUGGACAUUGGAAGCCCUAUGCCUGGCAGAAUGCAACGACCAUGGGGCACAUGGGCUUUGGCAAGGACAUCGCAGGUGGCAUGACGGCCCACUGUGACAACUUGACCAUUGAGUUCGUGCAGACCGAUCGUUUCGACUGCUGGACUUCGGAUGGCCAGCUUGGACCGAAGCUCGGUCCAUCGCCACCCUCGCUGAUGACUCUGCUGACGAAUGGCGUGCCGUCAGUUGGUGGCUGCGACGAUCUCGCAGGGAAAACGGUGAUUGACGUCGGUGGUUGGGCACCCGCUGCCGACGGCCUCGGCUACGUGACCAACAAGAGCUCGAACAUGCCGUACUCGGACGGCAUUGCCGUUGUCGUCGGCCCCAAGAACGAUGGAUGCCGUGUUCAUCUCCGUGCACAUGUCCAAACGGAACAGAAGGGUCAUGCUAUCAACGGUCUCAACACGUAUUUGAAGAAAACCUUCGCUGUGAGUACUGUGAUCGCUGUUGGAUUCCCUCGAGAGUCCGGUUUUACUUGGAUUGUAGAUCUUGUCCUGGCUGUGCAGAGUCACCACAUCCACUGCCCCCUUGCAAUGGCGCAGAAACUCGCAUUGUUGCUUGCGUUGCAGGUGCUGACCGCCUCGGCUGCCGUGACUUCCUUGACGUUCGGACAGGACAUCGACUACCCACCCUAUGCUUCCAAAAACGCGACCUCAGGUGAGCUCACGGGCUUCGGCGUGGAAUUGGUGAAGGCAAUGAACACUCACUGCUCAGCUACUUUGAACAUUACCGUCGUGGAGACCAGAUGGUCCAACUGCUGGUCUUCGGCCGGAGGAGGCACUCUUGGAGCUUUGCUGGACAAUGGCACUCUGGAUGCCUGCAUGACCUACACGCAUACGCAGGGGAUUCGCAACGACUUCGCGGACUUCUCUUGGGGCAUCCUGGAUGUGAAUAAGGCAGCUGGCCUCUUAACCUUGCUGGAAAACGGCAUGCCCAAAUUGGAUGGCCACUCGGACCUCAACGGCAAGACCAUCGUGGAUGUCGGUGGCUGGGCCCCUACGGCAGACGGCUUGGACUUCGUGACGAACAAGUGCUUAAACCAGAAGUACUCGAGCAACUACACAUUGGUUGUGGGUAAUGGCAACGACGAAGCGAUGACGAUGCUGCGUAACGGCACAGCCGAUGCCAUGUUCGUGUAUGCUGACCAAGCCAAGAACUACCAGUGUGAUGGAAGCAUGGUUGCGGCAUGGGAUUGCACGCUGUGGCAAGGCUUCGGCACGGAAUAUGCCUACGUCCAGACAGGGCAGUUCGGCUACGUCGUCAAUGGCACCACCCUGGCGUUGUCCAAGAAAGGGAGUGGAGUGCCGGAGGCGAUCAACUCCUGCUUGGCAGAAGUCAUGGCAACAGAGGCAUAUUACGACGCUUGCGUGAAGUACGACUUGGUAGAUUCCUGCUACGCCAACAGCUUCUUCCCCAGCUCAGGGAUCGUAAUCCACGAGUACAACAAGGAGACGGACGAGCAUUCGGGCGACUGCUCCAGUGGUUAUUGCCCGUGCCCGUCGACUUCGACUCAAACGGCUCAAACUUCGCUUGCGACGGGCUUAAGCAUCAAAGUGUUGGCGGGUGCGACACUCUCCUUUUUAGUUGCUCUGCUCCUGUAG